UCGUUGCUUCAUUUUCUCCUCUUCCUGUAAAACUUCCUAGAAUCUCAUCAGUCAAAAGUCCUUUACAGUCAAACAGCUCAAAAAUGUCUGCCAGUACCGUUGGAAAGACCAUUACUUGCAAGGCUGCCGUUGCCUGGGAUGCCGGCAAGGACCUUACCAUCGAGGAUAUCGAAGUAGCACCGCCAAAGGCCCACGAGGUGCGAAUCCAGAUAUACUAUACUGGUGUCUGCCAUACCGAUGCAUACACACUCUCGGGCAAGGACCCUGAAGGUGCCUUUCCCAUCGUCCUCGGACACGAGGGUGCGGGUGUCGUCGAGUCAGUCGGCGAGGGUGUGACCAACGUCAAGCCCGGCGACACGGUCGUUGCUCUCUACACACCUGAAUGCAAAGAGUGCAAGUUCUGCAAAUCCGGCAAGACCAACUUGUGCGGCAAGAUUCGAGCCACCCAAGGACGAGGUGUCAUGCCCGACGGCACAUCCAGAUUCAAGUGCAAGGGCAAGGACCUCCUGCACUUUAUGGGAACCUCGACCUUCUCCCAAUACACCGUCGUGGCCGACAUCUCGGUGGUCGCCAUCACCGACAAGGCCCCCAUGGACCGGACGUGCCUGUUGGGCUGCGGUAUCACCACCGGUUACGGUGCUGCCGUCAUCACCGCCAAGGUCGAGAAGGGAUCCAACAUCGCCGUCUUCGGAGCGGGCUGCGUCGGUCUCUCCGUCAUCCAGGGUGCCGUUAAGAACGGUGCCGGCAAGAUCAUCGUCGUCGACGUCAACGACAAGAAGGAAGAAUGGGCCCACAAAUUCGGUGCCACCGACUUUGUCAACCCAACCAAGCUGAACGGCCAGACGAUCCAAGAGAAGCUGAUCGAGAUGACCGACGGUGGCUGCGACUACACCUUUGACUGUACCGGUAACGUUGGUGUCAUGAGAGCUGCUCUCGAGGCUUGCCACAAGGGUUGGGGUGAAUCGAUCAUCAUUGGUGUCGCUCCCGCUGGUGCCGAGAUUUCCACCAGACCAUUCCAACUCGUCACUGGUCGUGUCUGGAGAGGUUGUGCUUUCGGCGGUGUCAAGGGCCGAACUCAACUUCCAGGUCUGGUUCAAGACUAUAUGGACGGCAAGCUCAAAGUUUCGGAAUUCAUCACACACAGACAGCCCCUCUCCAAGAUCAACGAAGCAUUCCACGACAUGCAUGCCGGCGACUGCAUUCGCUGCGUCGUGGACAUGAGGGCCGAUUAGCUACGCUCGGGCCCCCCUGCAUCUCCGAGACUAUGAAGCAAAAAAAAAGACCAGUUACUUCCACGCACACUCGGUAACAAAUAUUUUGACGAGGGUUUAAGGAAACUGAUCAAAGGUACUUCGAUGGAGGAAAAAAUGGGGCGUUUCACGAUUCAGGCCGCCAUUGUAAACUUUGUUGUUGACGAUCACAGACGGAAGGGAGGAGAAUGCGCCCCCGAGGAAGAUGUCCAUAUAGGCGGUCGUUGAGAGAGGUGAGGCGCAGAAAAAGUCACCACUGAAACAUAAAAAUACUCCAAACCUGACUCUUUCUUGUCCUGUACAUCGGUCGAUGUGGAAUCGUUCGGUCGCAUACCCAGUCAGCUGUCGUUUAGUCUCUCUCUCUCUCUUUUGUCCUUUUCCCCGUAAUGGAUUGUACUCGCUGGUGAUUGAUUGCUCUGACCCUGGCACAUGUAACAGGCGGAUUCGUGUUACAUCCACCAAAUGGCUCUGAUGACAUCCGUAGCUCCGAGGGAGGGGUUUGAGUAACUGUACUCAUCGAUCAUACGGAGUACGAUCAGGG